UGAGCUGGGUGAGGAGGUGAAGAGGGCUGGGAACAGUACCUGUAUUUGUGGUCGUCAAAUUAUUUUUCUGUUUGAACCAUUUCCCCCCUCUGGUUCAUCGCACAGUGAUGCAAAUGCUUUUGCACGGGUAAGGAGGAUGAAGCCAGGGGCAGGAAUCAACAGGCAGAGGGUGGAUUUGCUGUUUUUGGCACCAGUGCUGGCAUCUGCCUGCCAAAGUGACUGCCAGACUUCAGCAAUUGUCCUUUCUGUUUGCUCUAGAGACUGCUUCCUGCAACCUGCAGAAGUGUUAGUUCAUUUCUGAUCGUAUCAAGAACAUUUAUUGUUCUGGGAAACCCAAUUGCAGACCAUAAAACUACGAAACUAAAGGUUUAUAUUGUCCUAUUAAAGUCUGUGCCCCGGAGUUCUGUAUCUUUACAUUGCUUUAUAUCGUUUAGCAUCAAUAUAUGGGUUUAUUUCCAUCACACAUUAGUAACUAUGUCUGUUGAAUGUAGGUACAGCAGCAGGAAGAGGAGGAGAAACCACUGGCCGCAUCAAAUCCAGUGCUGGAACUGGAACUGGCAGAAGAAAAGUUGCCAAUGACCCUUUCCAGACAGGAGGUUAUCAGGAGGUUACGAGAGAGGGGUGAGCCCAUCAGGCUGUUUGGAGAAACAGAUUAUGAUGCAUUUCAGCGUCUGAGGAAGAUAGAAAUUCUUGCACCUGAAGUGAACAAGGGCUUGAGAAAUGACCUGAAGGCUGCUUUGGAUAAGAUUGAUCAGCAGUAUCUGAAUGAAAUUGUAGGCGGCCAAGAAGCAGGAGACGACGACUCCCAGAAUGACCUGAAAGUCCACGAGGAGAAUACCACUAUUGAAGAACUAGAAGUAUGGGAUGGUU